AUGCAAAUCAACCUGACCUUGCCACUAAAAUGGGCGCAAUGGUGGGCAUACAUACUGGUUUUGAUGUUGGUGAACAUUGCGUUCAUAUUCCCUCUUUCAGCGUUUCUCUUUAGAGACUUUUAUUCACGCAUGAUUCCUCCCGAUACCACACGAACUGUAUCCUUUUCGGAAAGCAAGCGGGAAAUGGGAGGAUGGACUGGUAAAACAACAUUUCAGUUUGACUUAAAGCGUUACUCAACGGAGGAUGCCAAACUUCCAUUUGUAUCGCCCAAUGGCUUCGCUCAAAGCGUGCCACUAAGAUCUGACAUACCAUAUAACAUGGAUGUGAACUUAAACAUAUUCUGCCUAAACAAAGUGACCGACUGGAAUAUACGAGAUGCAGAAGUCUCAAUAUCAGUAUUGAAGUCAGGCAAGUCAAAUGCCGCUGUUGUAUUUCGCAAGACUUUGCUGCUCAGCUGUGCGAAUACAAGAGAUGUCCACUCUGUGAGCGGGACCCGGCGUUUGACUACUACGUUUGCCAAGCAAAUUCAAGACGAGCUAGUAAACUCCUAUAGCCUGGAAAAUCCGUUUUUUGUUGAACAUGACGUGAAGUGCUUAGAAGUAUCUUUAAGGUGCGCUGGUAACGCCAACCUGAUCAUAGACCCCAAUAGUUCAGAACUUAAGUUGUCAAUGAAUUUUGAAAACAGUUUGAGAAACCUCAUGAUAAGAUGGAAAAAGUUAACUUACGCUGUGGGAACGGUAGUUUUUGAUGUAAUCAUAACUUCGUUCUUCUUUUUGGCUUUUGGGCUCACCUUCCUACGCGCAGGACGCGUUAAGGAAAGAAAGGACAGAUGA